UGGCAUCUUAUUUGACGAGACCAUAGCUGCCUACACCCAUCGUCGCAAAAAUGCCGAGGAAUAUCUGGUUGCGGCGUUAAUUGACUCUCACCAGAAGGCAUUCCGCCCUUACGUGGCCAAGACCCAAUGGUCUACCAUCAGCGAUAAUACCCAUGAUACUGAAGCGAAACCUCAAUUUCCUCGCCACUACCCUGAGCACGGCUGUCUAUCGUCGAGUAUGGCGAGAAGCACUGGAUAAACUACAAGAUAUCCUCUGGUCGAGCAUUCUCAUGGCUCAGAGUUUUACAACGCUCGGCGCUGCUCAAUUUAUGAGGGAUCUAGAGACCAUCACUUCGGUCAUCGACCAGCACAUCCUAGACGGGUCAGCCGCAUUAGGUGCAUUGCUAGAUGGUGCCAUGUUAUUGAAUCUUCCCCUGGAAGCAAGUGGUGAAGAAAUAUCCCUCCAGCAAGCCAGCGAUCGUAUAUUCACGGAUAACACCGAAGCUAAGAAGCUGCUGGCCGAGCUGGGCUUGGGAUCUCUUACCCCGGCCAAUGCCAGAAAGAUUUUGCAGAGACGGGUGGAGAAUAGCGAAUAACAAAUUCCAUCAUGGCAGUCAUAAAGUCCUUGAAUAUAUGGCAAUUUUUUGCCCCCUUGCCGGGCCACCUCUAAUAUGUUGAAUUGCUCUCAGUAGAAUCUAUCCCAUGCAUUUCCUCAUCUGUAGUUGAAU